AUGUCAGCGAGGCUCCUGCCCCGCGUCACCCCGCUCCUCCCGCACCGCCCGAGACCGAGCCCGGCCAUCCCCCCCGCCCUCGCGGCCUCGCUCGCGCGCGUGCUCGCCGCGCGCGACACCGACCCGACCUGGUCCCGCUCCCUCGCGGCGCUCCUCCCUUCCCCGCUCCCCGACGCGCGCCUCGCCGCCGCCGUCUCCGAGCUCGGGGACGCCGACCCGGACCUCGCGGCCGCGCUCCUCUCCUGGCACCGGGCCCACCACCGCCAUGGCGGCGGCGGCGGGCCCACCCCGCUCGCCCACUCGGCGCUGCUCCGCCUCCUCGCGCGCGCCCGCCGCUUCGACGCCGCGGACGCCGCGCUCCGGUCCAUGUCCCUCGCGGGGGGCACGCCCACGCGCGGGAGCCUCGGCGCGCUCGCCGCCGCCUACGCGGACGCCGGGAUGGAAGCGAAGGCCGCCGAGGCGUGCGCGCGCGCCAGGGACCUGCACGGCGCGCUCCCCGACGCGCCGCACUGCAACCGCCUGCUCAGGCUCCUCGUGGAGCGCCGCCGCCGGGGAGUGCGCCCGGAGGCUGGCGGCGCGGAUGACUACAGCACCUGCGUCAUGGUCCGCGGGCUGUGCCUGGAAGGGCGGGUGGAGGAGGGGAGGGGCCUCAUUGAGGCCAGGUGGGGAGAAGGGUGCGUCCCGGACGCCGUGUUCUACAACGUGCUGAUCGACGGGUACUGCCGGCGCGGGGACGUCGGGAGGGGGUUGCUGCUGUUGGGCGAGAUGGAGACGAAGGGGAUCAUGCCAACUGUGGUGACAUAUGGUGCUAUCAUUCACUGGCUUGGGAGGAAAGGUGAUUUGAUGAAGAUUGAGAGCUUGCUUGGGGAGAUGAAGGCGAGAGGGCUGUCCCCCAACGUGCAGAUUUACAACACUGUGAUUUACGAUUGUGCAAAUGCCGGAGAGGCGAUGGUUGCAUCUGAUUUGCUUGUGGAAAUGAUUGGAAGAGGGCAUACUCCGGACGUGGUUACGUUAGGAGCAUUAAUUCAUGGCCUCGUUGUUUCUGGGCAGGUUAAUGACGCUUUGAUUGUCCGGGAGAAGAUGAUAGAGAGACAGGUGAUGCCUGAUGCUAACAUAUAUAAUGUGCUGAUUAGUGGUCUAUGCAAGAAACGGAUGCUUUCUGCAGCUAAGAACCUUCUUGAAGAGAUGCUUGAGCAAAAAGUCCAGCCUGAUAAAUUUGUGUAUACUACUCUGAUUGACGGAUUCAUUAGGAGUGACAAACUCAGUGAUGCGAGGAAAAUAUUCGAGUUCAUGGAAGAAAAAGGUGGCUGCCCUGAUAUUGUUGCCUACAAUACUAUGAUAAAAGGAUAUUGUAAGUUUGGAAUGAUGAAUGAGGCGGUUAUGUGCAUGAGCAGCAUGAGAAAGGUUGGGUGUAUCCCAGAUGAGUUUACAUAUACUACACUUAUCGAUGGCUACGCUAAAAAGGGCGACAUAAAAGCAGCUCUUAGGUUUUUAUGUGAUAUGAUGAAGCGAAGAUGCAAGCCAAAUGUUGUUACAUACGCAUCACUAAUAUGUGGAUACUGCAACAUCGGUGACACAGACAGUGCAGAAGAUUUAUUUGCAAGUAUGCAGUCUGAGGGUCUAUUUCCCAAUGUUGUACACUACACAGUUCUAAUCGGUAGUCUCUUUAAGAAAGAUAAAGCAAUCCAAGCUGCGGCGUACUUUGAACAUAUGCUGCUUAACCACUGCUCUCCUAAUGAUGCUACAAUGCAUUAUUUAGUUAAUGGGCUCACAAACUGUAGGUAUGGUAUGAUCAACUCAAACUGCAGUGAUACUGAUCAGGCUCAUAAGAAGAGUGCCCUUUUAGAUGUAUUCAAGGGAUUGAUUUCUGAUGGAUUGGACCCAAGGAUUUCGGCAUACAAUGCUAUAAUCUUCAGCUUGUGUAGACAUAAUAUGCUUGGGAAGGCAAUGGACCUGAAAGAUAAGAUGUCUAACAAAGGCUGCUUGCCAGACCCUAUAACCUUUCUUUCACUUCUUUAUGGAUUUUCUUCUGUUGGAAAAUCAGGGAAAUGGAGGAGUGCCUUACCUAAUGAUUUUCAGCAGGAUGAAUUUGAGAUAAUCUGCAAGCGCAUGACAUUAUUCAAUCAGCAUGUAAUUAGUCCAGUUAGAGAUGAAGUCUCUAGGAUUUUACAGCUAUAUGCUGAGGAGUUUCAGUUCCUACAACAACCAGAGCAGAGAUUUGCUGGAUCUUGA